AUGCGCUUUCUGGGAGCACUUACAACGGCGCUGCUGUACAUGCAGCCUGCCGCGGCAGCCAAGAACGCCACAGACGAGCCCACGCUGCCGCUGAGCUCCGACAGCACCUUCAACUUCCAGUUUCUCAUCGCCCUCGGCAACGCCCUGACCGGCGGCUCCGACAUUGGGCCGGUGCUCGGCGCCGCCAAGAGCAUCGUCCCGGGGGACAUGGCGUCGUACAGCGCGCAGUUCCACAAGCUCGCCAACGACACCAAGGCCCUCGCGCAGGACCCGGCCAGCGCGUACGACCCGGUCAACGUCCGCGACAGCUGGUUCUCGGCCGCGCACUACUUUCGCCGCGCCGACUUCUACCUGCACCGCGACUGGAGCGACCCGCGCAUUGACGCCUACUGGACCGAGCAGCUGGCCGCCUUUGACAAGGCCCGCGCGGCGCUGCCGUUCCCGAACCACCGCGUGCGCAUCCCCGCAGCCGGAUCCAACUUUACCGUCGAGGCCAUCUGGUACGGUUUCGAUGACGACCACGGGGAAGAGCCGCCCCAGAAGCGGCCGACGCUCGUGAUUGGCAACGGCUUCGACGCCGCGCAGGAGGACUCGUACCACUACUUUGUCGCCGCGGCGCUGGCCCGCGGCUGGAACUGCAUCACGUACGAGGGGCCCGGGCAGUGCACUGUGCGCCGCGCGCAAAACGUGGGCUUCAUCCCGGACUGGGAGCGCGUCGUCACGCCCGUCGUCGACUACGUGCUCGCCGAAAAGGCCGACCGCGUCGACGCCAGCCGUCUCGUGCUCGUCGGCAACUCCUUUGGCGGGUACCUCGCGGCCCGCGCGGCCGCCUUUGAGCCUCGCCUAUCGGCCGCGGUUCUCAUCGACGGCGUCUGGGACACGUACGACGGCUUCCAGGCGCUGUUUCCGGCCGACGUCAUGGCGCUCUACGAAGCAGGCAACUACACUGCGUUUGAUGAAAAGGUCUUCUCGCUGCGUGAGUCUGGAGCCCUGUCGACCAUGGCGACCUGGGGCAUCGACCAAGGCCUAUGGUCGUUUUACACGCACUCGCCCUCCGAGCUCUUCACUCAGGGCAAGGCAUAUCACCUGCGGGAUGUGGCGCACAGGAUCAAUAUGCCCGUGUUUGUGGGCGAUGCCGCGUACGACAACUCGUUCCCCGGACAGGCGGCCAAGGUCAAGGAGGCCCUGGGCGCGAAUGCCACGCUGCAUCGUUUCCAAGGCACGGCGGGCUAUCACUGCCAGACGGCGGCGCUACAGGAGCUGUCGAGGAGCAUGUUUGCCUGGCUUGGCAAGACUUUGGGCUAG